CAGCCAGUCAGUCGUUCUUCAGCCGCGCGCGAGAGUACACAGCUCGAAACGGAGAUCGCUCCUCUGGAUCAUCCUAGCAGAUCAACUUUGAUUCUCAAGAAUUCUAUAAAAAGAAAUUGUGUGAAAAGUUACAUUGAGUAAAAAAUAAGGAAGUAUCCCAGUAAAUAUAGUGUUAUCAGCGCACCGUAGAAUGAAUGAUUCCUAGUUUCGUUCCAGGCAGUGAUAGUGAAUUGGGAACGUGAUUUUUACAAAUAAUUAGUACGCUAUUGAUUGCAGAGGAAAAGUGUGCCAUCGUCGGUCUGGAAUAUAAGUGACUAGUGCAAGUGUAACGGCACAGCAUCUCAAAGGGAGCGUGCGCUGAAUGCGAUAAGAAGAGUUCGAAAACGGGAAACAGACGGAGAUAAUUUUGGAACAUCGCAGCAAGGGAGAAACAUGCAGCGGUGGAUCGUUUUAAGUGCACUCUUCGUAAUCACUUUCUCUGGCCUCAUCUACUUAAGUCGAGCAUGCGAGCUUGACCAGACGCAACAUGGCUGCCGGAUAGAUAACGGACAGUGUACGUGUGCCUUUGGAUGCAAAUCGGAGUUCCGGUACGCUACUCGUAAGGAAUGUCAAGAUGCUUUAAAGGGUCGAUCAAACGAUAUUUGCAGCAGACAACCCUGCUUGAAUGGAGGAUCAUGUACACAGGUUAGCACCAUGCCACAGUACAAGUGUCGCUGUGAAGGAACCGGAUAUUGGGGCGGUCGCUGCCAGCGUGUGUGUCCCAAACCCGAACAAGUUCCCGCCGGCACUAAAUAUCCACAUGAAUGUGUGGUGAUUUAGGUUCAAAUCUGCAGAUAAUCCAAAUAUGAACAGUUCUGUUACUUGAUCGCCACAAUAACCCGUCACACCAAAGAGGAAAUUUCACCUGUGAAAUUGUACAAAUCCAGAACAAUAAUAAUCACCAAACAAUCAACUGAUUUUCUCGAGCUUCUCUCCCCCAAAUAAAUCUGAAAUUUGUUCUUUUCAUUCGUUAAUCAGUAUCAACAGCUGAGCCCACAAUGGGCCAUGAACCGCUUCACAGUAGUUCGUAGAAACCAGCAGUCAUAUGAAGACUAUUGAUAAGCGUGCCUUUUAUCAAUCACUCUCUCUAAUAUACUCGAAUAGAUCAGCCGGGCACAUAUAACUCAUUUACAUUAUUGUAGCAGUUCUAGCAAUACGUUUUUUUUUCUUUACAGUUAAUCAGCUAUAAGUCGUAGAUAGUGAAUGUACUUUAAGUGUUCUAAUAUGUAGACAGAGAAGCAGAGCGAAAUGUAAAUAAAAGCAUGCCAUAACUACUGUA